AUGGCAAAAUUUCUCGCCUUUUUUCUUUUAAAUAUUUUCCUUUUAUGCAGAACUUCUAUUGCUAGUCCUACCAACGGCAAAAAACCAGACAGUGGUGCCGGUGUACAAAAUACUCAGCCACCUAAAAGAAGCAAAAGUCAAUCGAUACACGACAAAAGGAUUAUCCAAGCUUUGGACAAACUCCCUCCUGGAGUAAGGGAAACACUCACUCGUGGAGGGGCAGAUGCUUUCAAAAAUAUGACUAAAGAGAUGAUUAGGAAACUCCCUGCAUCAGUGUACGCUUCAGUUGGGAUAGAUGCCAUACGGUCCAUGGACAGAGAACAACUGAAAGAAAUGACAAUGAACAUGAAUAAAGGAACAAACAGUAAAGAUCUUGAAACAAUUCUGGGUGAAGUUGAUGAGAAUCAAUUUAAUGAUAUGCUAGAAGAUAUGCAGAAUUCUAGCCAGAAGUUAUCUAAAAAACAAAUGGAAGCCUUUACCAAACAAAUGAAAGCCAAACGUGGCGAUCCUUCCACAUGGUCAGCAGAUACAGUUAAACAGCUGGGCAAGAUGGUGACAGGUCUAUCGCCUAGAGAACUCAAGGAACUUGCUGGUGCUGGUCCAACUACGUUUGAAGCAAGUUUAGAGGAGAUUCGAAAAGGAAACGUAAAGGAGUUAUCCAAGGGUCAAAAAUUAGAAAUCGUCAGUGGAGCAUUACAAACCUAUGGGUCUCAAGACAGGUGGAAUGCCAGCACCGUCCAGAAAAUGUCCAAGUUUAUUGGGAGUAUGAAAGGCGAAGACCUCCGGAAAAUCCCUACCACAGCUCUCAAAGGUGCAUUAGCAGACCUCGCCGCUUCCGAUAUGGACAAAAAAAGCUCAAGACAACUGUUGACAAAGUUAAAGGAUCCAACUAAUGGCUAUGGAACACCAGACUCGUGGAAUUCUGAAACUCUCAGAUCCAUGGGUAGUUUAUCUUCCGGAAUGACAGUCAAAGACAUCAAAAAUCUCGAUAAAAAUGCUGUUAAAGGAGCUCUAGAUACCCUAGGAAAGGCAAAACUCUCUACCAGUCAGGCAAAAAAAUUGGCGUCAAAGAUGAAAGAAGCUCUAGGUUCUCCUGACAGCUGGUCAGCGGAAACUAUCAAGAAUGCUUCAAAUAUUCUCCGUGGUUUAAAACCCAAAGACCUUCGUAGCCUUCCCGCUGAUGCCAUCAAGGGGUCUUUGAAAGAGUUGAAAACGAUCGAGUUCUCCCGUGGUCAGGCAAGAGAGCUUGCUAAGAAAAUGAAAGAAACACUUGGCAAUCCUUCAUCUUGGAAUGAAAGUGUUGCAGAAGAAAUGGGUCCAUUAGUUGGUGGUCUUCCUUUGUCAGAUCUGAAAAACAUGUCCAAUAAUGUCUUGAAGUCUGUGCUUAAAACACUGAAGCAAGAUGAUUCUAUCCCUCCUUCUAAGAAACGAGCCAUUAUCGCAAAGGCUAAGGCUGCCGGACACUUCAAGUUACUGGAAGCAGGAUCUUUCCUAAAGACUUUCUCCCUGAAAGACCUAGAGAACGUGGACCCCAUCAAUGACCUUGGCCUAAACGACACCAUCGAAGCAAACAGCACUACUGACACAGAUAGAGAAUUAUUGUCAUGGAAACUCUCACAAGCACGCAAAGUUCUUGAAAAGAUCAAGGCAAUUUGGGGAGAACCGGACGAUGCUAAUUCUGGCUGGACACUGGAAAAUAUUGUCCGACUAAAAGGUCUAGCUAUAGGAGUGUGGAAAGGCUUGAUCGACAAGAUACCAGCUCAUGAUAUUGUAGACGUCUUGGAGGAAUUCUCACAGCGCGAUGGGUUUACUCCAGGGCAGGUGAAGAUGAUAUUAAGAGCCUACAAAGAAAAGAUGCGCCUUGAAACACCAUCGAACUUUUCUUCAUUGGACGAGAUAGAGGUUGAUUCACUUGGUCGAUUUAUUACUGAGCUGGACGACGCAGACCUAGAACACCUAUCAAAUUAUUCAGGGAUUGAAGCAGUUAGACAGAUGGGACAGUUGGAGUUGAAGGAGAAGCCUCAUAGAUUAAUCAAACGCAAACUAAAGAUUGCUUUGAAAUUGAUAGCCCGAAUGCGUAGACUUCAGGAUGUCCGACCUAAUGAUUUACUCUCACAAGACUUGGAAGAUCUCGGUAACCUUGCACUUGGUUUCUCCCCUGAAGAAGUGGCCAAUAUGACAUCUGAUGCCUUUAGAGGUGCUGUACAAGUCUUUGGGCAGAUAAUAGGGUUUAACCGAGAACAGCUUACUGCACUUGCCUCUAAAGUCAAGGAAGCUUACAAGUGA